AUGGGGGUUAUGGAUUCUUCCUUUGAAGAUGAAUAUGAUGGCUAUCUGGCUUUGGCAGAAUAUGUACAAGACUUUCUAAAUCAUCUCGCCGAGCAAGCAGGUUGUUUUGAAACUGAAAUAGAGCACUUUGCUGAAACAGUGAAUGUCUGGGUCACUGUGGAUGAAACUUUGCAAGAACUUGUUGAACUCAUAUAUCAACAGGCCACAUCUGUCCCAAAUUUUUCCUACAUGGGAGCAUCACGAUUAUGUAACUAUCUAUCUCAUCAUCUAACCAUUAGUACACAAAGUGUGAGCUUUCGGCAGUUGUUACUUCAAAGGUGCCGAACAGAGUAUGAAAACAGAGAUGAAGCUGCCAAAGGAGAUGAGACUGCUCGAAAACAAUUUCAUUCCUUUGUGCUGUUCUUAGCUGAACUUUACCUUAACCUAGAGAUUAAAGGAACAAAGGGACAGGUCACACGAGCAGAAAUUCUUCAAGAAGGCCUUCGGGAAUUACUAACUAUGCUCUUCUCUAACCCUGUGGAUAAUAAUUUGAUGUGUGCAGUGAAACUGCUGAAGUUGACAGGGUCAGUUAUAGAAGAUGCCUGGAAAGAAAAAGGAAAGAAUGAUAUGGAGGAAAUUAUUCAGAGAAUUGAAAAUGUUGUGUUGGAUGCAAAAUGUAGCAGAGAUGUGAAACAUAUGCUUCUGAAAGUAGUGGAACUACGAUCAAGUAACUGAGGUAGAGUUCAUGAAACUUCUCCACAUACAAAAGCUACUCCUGGAAAUGACCUUAAAUACUUUAUGAAUGAACCAACAUUUUACACUUCUGAUGGCAUUCCUUUCACUGCAGCAGAUCCGGAUUACCAAGAAAAAUACCAAGAACUGCAUGAAAGAGAGGAUUUGUUUCCAGAUUAUGAGGAAAAUGGUGAGGCUUUAUCAGGACCUGGAGAUCAGUAUUUUAAUGAUCUUGAUAACAAGAUGGAUCCAGAAAUUGAAGAAGCAUAUGAAAAAUCCUGUCUAGAAUCAGAACAUAAGAGAAAACAGUGAGAUGUUACACAAUAACAUUAGUUUAUUAAACCAGUUUAGGUCUGGUUAGAGUACAGGGAGGCAAAAAACACUGGUACCAAAAUAAGGAAGUUCACUUUCUCCAAGUACUCAAGUUACUCAAUUUCCAUUUUGUUAAACAGAAUCUUCCAAAAGUUGUAAACUUAUGCUCUGUAACUUAGUGUUGUGUAUAUAUCACAAUUUAUUUUAUGGACAGGUAUAUGAAAAAUGUUUGGCUGCAAUAAAAUUGAUUUAAAAAGUAUCAUAAUGGAAAUUAAAAUGUAAUGGGGAGCUGUCCCAUAGGAUUACC